UGAGCAAAUAGUGGGCGUGGCAAAAAGCAAAAAUAUUCAAUGGUAGAAAAAGAUGGGCACCGCCAUGCUACCAAAACACAGAGUGUUUUCUCUAAUUUCGUGCAGUAGGACCCUCUCGAGGGCUCAGAGCCUUGCCCAAAAUAAGUUUCACGGGUCCAAUGUUGGUUGCCGAACUCUCAACACGCUCUCUGCUCAAGAGGCGAUUUUGGAAAUCAAGAAUAUGCCAGAUGAAACAAAACCAGCCUCUGCUAAAAAGCCCAUUAGCAAAGCGAUGAAAGCGUAUUUGCUACGAGCCAAGAGCUAUGAUGAAUUCAUGAAGAAGCAAAUAGUUGAGUAUCAGAUUGGCAGACGGCACUUGGCCAACAUCAUGAGCAUGGAUGCAGACACCAUGACUCAAGAGGAUAUUGAUCAAGCAAUUGAGUUUUUGUUUCCAUCAUCCUUGUUCGAGCCCAAAGCUAGACCAAUCAUGAAACCACCCGAGUUGAUUUUUCCACCGAAGAAAGCUGCAGAAUUUGACGAAACAGGCAGACCUCACCAUGCAUUAUUCUACACAAUGAAUCCAAAUUUUUACCAAGUGCUACAGGAUUCUGUCACUGAGCUGAUUAAAUUGAAUAAGGAGGAAGACGAGAUGAUACGGAAGAAAAUGACUAUUGAUAAUGAUCUGAAAUUGUCAUUGAGUGGUACCGAGUGGAUACAGAAGGAAAAGUUGUCCGCAAUGCUAAUCGAAAAAAUCGACGAUGCUCAGUAUGAGCAGUUCCAAAAUGUGCUUAUUCGUCUGGCAGACCAUCCACUUUCAAGCAAAGUCAAGGAUUUUGUUAUGAAAUAUAGAUACUCGCUUGUCAAUGAAGCAGCACUAGCAGAAAUCCCGAAGCCUUUGUAUGAAAAGGAUGGCCGUUCAUACAUCACGUUUAAAGGAGCUCGCAGGAAAAACGCGUAUGCUGAUGUCACUGUUCACUUACCUGGCUCUGGGAAAUUCUCAGUUAAUGGUCAGGACAUUGAAUAUUUUAGUGAUAUCCAAAGCAGAGAACAGAUCACUUUUCCACUCAUAUUCACUGCGAUGCUAGGCAAAGUAGAUAUAAAUGCCACAGCAAUACAAGGAGGACCCACCGGUCAAGCUGGCGCCAUUCGUUUUGGUCUGGCCAUGGCCUUGCGAAGUUUUGUUGAUAAUAAAAUGGUUGAAAGAAUGAGAUUGGCUGGAUUACUACAAGUUGAUUGGCGAACCAGGGAGCGAAAGAAGCCAGGCCAGCCAGGAGCAAGAAGAAAGCCAACUUGGAAGGCUCGUUAAAGUAUGAAAUAACGUCAGUUAUCCUAUUAUCAACACAUUAUUGGAAAUUAAAAUGCCAAAAAGUUCUCUUUUAA